UAACAAACUUCUUGGUCUCCCUUCUCGUUAAUUGCCUGCAAUUUUUCCCUCUUCCCUUCUCCCUCUGUUGUUUCCGCCACCCGCCAUGGCCGCAGGGGCGGCCGAGCUGUUCAAUGGAGAGAGGGCCGUGGUCCUCCUCUUCGUCUCGCGCGUCCUCUUCUCCGUCCCCCAUUCUCUGCUCUACGAGGCCCUCGCGCUUUUCCUCCUCGUCGCUGGCGGCCUCCUCGUCGAGAUCUCUGCCGAGGGCUCCACCGCCUCCCACCGAUUCAAAACCAGGCCUGGCGCAUCUUCUGGGAUACUACUGGGUACAGUGACAUUGCCUGCUGCCAUGCUUUCACGAUUAAUACAACUCUCAAGGGUGCUACCAGAGAAUGAUGUCACUUCUGAAGAGGUUGAAGGUUUAAAUAUGCAGUACUGGAUUGCGUCCGCGAGCUGUUUUGGCGUGCUAAUUUUCUUCUGUUUAGCACUCUAUUGUUCUGCCAAGAAUACUGGUUCCUUUCAGCUUAGAAGUUCUGAAGCCUUAAAGUAUGGAUUACUUCAGACUGUAUUGUAUGUAGCUGUUUGCUCUCUGUCUCUCACAACAAAAUCAGACAGUGGGUCGCUUAUUUUGAUAAAAUUAUUGUGGUUAAUCUGUCAUGCACUUGCCACUGUGGUUCUCAUCCAGCACAUUCUUCUGACAUUUCCAUCAUGUGCUUCAUUAGGAGAAGCACUUUUGGUGUCUAGUGGUCUGGUACUCUACUUUAGUGAUAUGUUGGCACAUACCCUCACCAAGACUUUUAUGUUCGUAACAUUGAGGACACUAAAAUUUGUUGGAUAUGGAACCCAUUCUGAAAUUGCAACAGUUAUUCAGGGAGUGAUGCUUGGCCUGUUCCUUUUGCCUGCAUUUUACAAAAUUGUUCUUCGAGGUUGGUUUCACCUAAAAAAAUUGAGGAAGCCUGAAGCUUCAAUAGCUAAUGGAGGACCACACAGUGCAGUUGAAAGUUCGAUUAUAUUUUAUGCUUCUCUCUCAGUCAUGUUGACAAUCUUGAUUCCAAUAUGGAUGUGUGUUGUUCAGGAUUUUUAUGUGCAUCCUAUCAAAUGGGUGUUGACAUUUGUGUUCACUGACCCACUCAAGCGCUUGGCAUUAUGUUUGUACUGGAUAUGUGUUAUAUGUGCUUCUGUUUUGCGGUUCUACAAUAUAUCAAAGCACAGCAAGAUUGAAAGGAUUCUUCUUAGGAAGUACUACCAUCUUGUGGCAGUUCUAAUGUUUUUGCCUGCUCUUCUCUUUCAGCCAACUUUUUUGGACCUUGCAUUUGGUGCAGCUUUCGCAGUUUUCCUAAUUCUGGAAAUGAUUCGGGUCUGGAAAAUUUGGCCCCUGGGCGACAUUGUACAUCAGUUCAUGAAUGCUUUUACUGAUCAUCGUGACUCAGAGAUUCUCAUUGUCAGUCACUUCUCGCUCCUCCUUGGAUGUGCCCUCCCAAAAUGGAUGUCAUCUGGGCUGAAUGAUCGACCACUUGCUCCGUUCGCUGGAAUUUUAAGCUUAGGAAUUGGUGACACUAUGGCAUCGGUCGUCGGCCACAAGUAUGGUGUUCUGCGGUGGAGCAAGACUGGGAAGAAAACUAUCGAAGGCACCGCAGCCGGAAUAACAUCCGUCCUCGCAGCUUGCUCGAUACUCCUGCCUCUACUGGCAUCCACCGGUUACGUUCUGUCCCAGCACUGGCUAUCUUUGCUCAUGGCGGUCACCGUCAGUGGUUUACUAGAGGCAUACACGGCACAACUUGACAACGCUUUCAUUCCGCUUGUAUUCUACAGCCUUCUCUGUCUCUGAGUUGUCGAUCCUUGUCGCAUGACCC